CCUUGAGCCACUUGCGGAUAAUACUAUACGACUUUUUCACAAAUUAACUAUUAAGAAUAUAACCAAAAUAACAACCAACAUUUGUUUAAAAAAAAAAAAAAUGUCAACCACGCGUUUUGGCAAUCAACAUGACAAAAUUUAAACUAAAAGAAAGAAACCACGCUCGUCAGCUCCCUAUAAAUUCAGCGCCAAAGCUGCCUUAUUUCUCAAUCAACUUCACCUAAAACCAAAUUGCCUUGAUUCCUUACAUUGUUCGAUCCUUAUACAUUGCCAGGAAAAAGGAAACCAAAUAUAUAAUUCGAAUUUGUCACCGUACUUUGUCUUAACAUGGCCACCGCAAAGCUCGUCAACUUUUUAUUCACCCUAACCAUACUACUCACAAUACUCACAAUCCCAUCCCAAGCCCAGCUGUCCCCAACUUUCUAUGCCCGUACAUGUCCCAAUGCGCUGCGUACAAUCCGUGCCUCCAUCUGGCGGGCUGUGGCCCGCGAGCGCCGCAUGGCAGCGUCACUCAUCCGCCUCCACUUUCACGACUGCUUCGUGCAGGGCUGUGAUGGUUCGGUGUUGCUCGAUGAUGCGCCCACGAUCCAGAGUGAGAAGUCGGCUUUCCCUAACUUGAACUCCGCAAGAGGGUUUGACGUGAUUGAGGCCGCCAAGAGAGAUGUCGAGCGUUUGUGCCCAGGUGUCGUCUCCUGUGCGGACAUUCUGGCCGUGGCCGCACGUGAUGCCUCGGUGGCGGUCCGUGGGCCGUCAUGGAACGUGAGGCUCGGGAGAAGGGACUCUACCACAGCUAAUCGUGAUGCGGCAAACCGUGAACUACCGGGGCCAUUUUCCACCCUUGAUGGCCUAAUCACGUCUUUUAAGAAUAAGAGCCUCAGUGAAAGAGACAUGGUUGCCCUCUCUGGAUCACACACGAUCGGGCAAGCGCAGUGCUUCCUGUUCCGAAGCAGGAUCUACAGCAAUGGCACGGAUAUCGAUCCAUUCUUUGCCCGUCUGAGGAGACAGUCUUGCCCUCAGACGGGUGGGGAUAGCAACCUUUCCCCACUCGACCUUGUAACCCCCAACAGGCUCGACAACAACUACUUUAAGAACCUUCGUCAAAGGAGGGGUCUCCUUCAGUCGGACCAAGUCCUUUUUAGCGGGGGCUCUACAGACAGUCUAGUUUUCAGCUACAGCAUAAAUCCUCACCUAUUCGCCUCCGAUUUCGCUAAUGCCAUGCUCAAGAUGUCUGAGAUUCAGCCAUUGCUCGGGUCGAAUGGGAUCAUAAGGAGGGUUUGUAACGCCACAAACUAAGUGCGCUGUUAAGAAAUAUUGUUUGCGAACACUUCAAGAAAAGAAAUAACUAAAAGAUAUACUAGUGUUUGCGAAUACUCUGUAAUUGCGGCUGCGAGGGCUAUAUAUGCAGAGAGAUUAUUUUACGUACUUGUAUUGAUUUAUAAAGCAUAUGGAAUUAUGAAUAUGCUAUUCUAUAAUCUGGGCUAUAUAUGCAGAGAGAUUAUUUUACGUACUUGUAUUGAUUUAUAAAGGGCAAAAUUUUAUUUUUGGUCCUAUAA